AUGAUCCAAGCCCGUCGCCAGGGUAUUGUGGAACACGACGAUGAAGAGCUCUGUGUGUGGGUAAAAGCCUACACGGAAGGUACACUGCCCGACUAUCAGAUGGCAGCUUGGCUAAUGGCCGUCUGCUUUCAUCCGCUGAAUGCUAGAGAGACGGCUACUCUCACAUCCUGCAUGGUGGCCUCGGGCGUACGAGUCGACUGGACGUCUCACGACGCAAUCACAAGCGACACUAUGGGUAAAGUUGCUUCGACUACUGCUACCAAUACCGCCUUAGUGGACAAGCAUAGUACGGGAGGUGUGGGUGACAAAAUUUCCAUUGUGCUGGCACCGCUAGUGGCCGCCUUUAGUGACAAUCGCGUGGCCGUCCCGAUGAUGGCCGGCCGAGGUUUGGGUCACACUGGUGGGACCAUUGACAAACUCGAAGCGAUUCCCGGUUUUCGUACCAAUCUGAGCGUUUCUGAAUUUCAACACGUUGUCCGGACCGUGGGUUGUAGUAUCGUCGCGGCUGGGCCGGAACUAUGCCCGGCGGAUCAAAAGCUUUACGCCCUGCGAGACGUUACUGGGACGGUCAGCUCCCUGCCACUCCAAACGGCCAGCAUUGUGAGUAAGAAAGUUGCCGAACAUCCUGAUUCACUCGUGCUAGAUUGCAAGUACGGAUACGGAGCGUUUCAAGCCGACGUUGAGGCGGCGGAAACGCUGGCGAACAGCAUGAUUGCGGUGGCCGAAGCCAAUGGCUUGCGUCCGACAACAGCGUUCUUGACCCGCAUGGACGCUCCACUCGGAUACACGGUGGGAAAUUGGGUCGAGAUUCGAGAAUGUCUAGCUAUUCUACGAGGCAAUCUGAUGUCUCAGUUGCUGAGUCGAGACGUGAUUGCGCUUGUGGUCGUUCAGGCUACAGAAAUGCUGCUGCAAAGCGGUCAGUUUGAAGAGCACACGUUUGAAAACUUGGCAUCGAAAGUAUAUACCUUUUUGGACCAAGGAAAGGCGUUUGGUAAGUUUGCGGAAAUGGUGCAGGCGCAAGGUGGAGCCGUUGAAGUCUUGCAAAAUCCCGAAACCUAUCCCGCGGCCAGCACUACUUGGGAUCUUUUGGCCGACCGGACUGGAUUCAUCGUUGAAAUUAACGCACUGUAUGUAGGAGAAGCAACCGUCGAUCUCGGGGCCGGCCGAAAAGUUGCCAACGAACCCGUUGAUCCACUUUCUGGAAUAGUGUUGUUGAAAAAGUUAGGGGAUUCCGUUGUUCAAGGCGAAGUUCUGGCCAAGAUUCUAACGAAUCAUGCCGGUCACGAUUUGCAAGGGAUUUCGAAUCGACUUCAAUCCGCCAUAGUGAUUGGCGAUUUUCCCAUUAAUGUGCCCCCAAUCGUUUCUUAUCGCGUCACGUGUCACGGAGCAAAAAUCUUUUGCAUGCCACAUUGUCUGCUCAAGAUAGAACAGCUAACAACUUCAUAG